AUGCCUAUCUCAAGGUACCACAUUCGUAGCGCGCAUAGUUUGGCGGAUCCGGAGCUGCACCGUGCCGCCGAUAAGGAUGACUCCGAAGCUAUCCUUGAAGCCGUAGCCAUGAGCGGACUCGUCGGCUUCUUGCGCCAGCUCGGCGACCUCGCUCAAUUUGCUGCUGAGAUGUUCCACGGCUUGCAUGAAGAAGUAAUGGCUACGGCUGAAAGAGGCCACAGUCUUAUGUCUCGUGUUCAACAGAUUGAGGCUGAAAUUCCUCCACUUGAGAAAGCAUUUUUGUCACGAACUCAUCAUUCGUCUUUCUUCACAAAUGGAGGGAUUGACUGGUCUCCUAAUCUUCGAUCUGAACAGAAUCUUGUUUCACGUGGAGAUUUACCUAGAUUUAUAAUGGAUUCAUAUGAAGAAUGCCGUGGUCCACCUAGACUUUUCCUUCUUGACAAGUUUGAUGUGGCUGGUGCCGGGGCAUGUCUGAAGCGUUAUUCUGAUCCAUCAUUCUUUAAAGCAGAGCCUGCUUCAUCUGUAAGUGUAACAGCAACAGUAGAAGCUCACAAGGAAAGGAAAAUUCGUAAAGUGAAGCAAAAGAAAAGGGAAUGGCGAAGAGAUGGUGAGACCCAUGGAGCUCUACUAUCACAUUCAAAACUACAUCAGUUGUUUCUUGAGGAGCGUAUUGAGAAUGCGUGUAGUGAUCCUGCUCGUCUUGUGAAACUGAAAAAAAGACAAUUUGAUGGAUCUGCAGUUGAAGCAAAAUCUGGGAGAAGUUACAUGGAGGAAAUUCUGGAAAUGACCUCACCUGAUCAUAAAAUGGCGUGUGAAACUUCAAUCAAUCCACUGCCUGUGAAAUUGAUGUCUAAUGACACUGGUGAAACUGGGAUUGAAAUACUCGAAAUCAAUGGCAUUUCACCUAUGAGAAGGUCUAUUGAAAAUGGAAACACACAUUCUUCUUCAAAUGAGCAGGAAUUAGAACUCAACUCAUGCUCAGAAAUAGGCAGGAAGACAAACGGAUAUCUUGUGAAGGAGCCCGAACAAAUCUCUUCUGGUGGGACAGGUGAAGUGUCUUCUAAGCAUCUCAAGGUACCUGAUGAAACAGAACUAGUGGAUGAUGAUGGACAAAACGAAAGAGAAGGCAGCCUAGACUGCUACCGUUCUGAUGACGCGGCCAGUGAGGUUGAUGAUUAUAUGGAUGCAUUAGCUACCAUAGACUCCGAGUUGGAAAUAGACAAUGAGUGUGGACCUAAGAAAAGCUUCUUGAAUGUUCAAAAGGUAAUUGAUUCAAAUGGUGAAGAAGAACACCAGCUGCAAGCUCCAUUUUCAGAUUCUCAAUCAUUUGGAGACUCGUCAUUAUCUGAGGAAAUGAGUUCAUUUGAACAAGAUAGAAGUGAAGAGAAUAAUGAAGUGCAAGCUCAGCUGCCAGACUCUCGGUCAGCAGGAACCCCCUGUGCAUCAGAUGAUGAUAAUCGUUCAUUCAGAAAAGGUAGAACUGAAGAACAUACUCAACUGCAAGCCCAGUUAUCAGAUUUUCAAUCUAUUGGAAAUUCCUCACCAGAAACUAAAAACAUGCCUUCCAACCAGCUUUCACAAGCUGUUGAAUUGCAAAAAAAUUAUGAUGAGUUUGUCACACAUGAUGAUGCACACGAUCUUAGGCGAGAAAUAUCUGAUUCUGGACCAGUUUCUUCUGGUUCAUGUCCCGUGGAUUCAGAAUGUUUACUAUUGUCUUCAGAUCAUGGAGCUACAGAUACCUCACUAGUGUCCUUACCCACAAGGACUCUAUCAGAUAACACACCAGAUGUUCCUGUUGAACAUUUAAGAUUAGAAGAUGAUGAAGACACCAUCUACCCAAUAAAAGAUAAUACUCUCCCAGUUGUUGAUUUUGACAACAAUUCUUUGAACUUGGAUGUCUGCAAUCCUCAUGUCCAUUCCCAUACUCUGUUACAAGUUUCCAAUGAUUUAAAUUUAGCCCAUGAAGGCGAAUGUGGUGGUCAUUCUGACAUCGAAGUGAUGCAGGAAGAAUCUCUUAAUGAGUACUGUUCUGAACUAUCAGUUGUUGGAGACAUUGGUUCACGAGGGGAGGAUCCCAUUUGUCUGCCCAUGGAAUUAGACCUUAAUUCGGGCACUAAACUGCAGCUUGACGACUGGGACUUACAAUCUAAUAAUGAUGUUAAAGCAAUGCAACUUGACUCAGAAGAUUUGUUUCCUGUUGUGGAGACUACCAUAGAGAAUAGCUUUGCAGAGGAACUAUUUUCUGAAUUUAUACACGGAAAUCCUCAAGAUGAACCAGAUUCGUUAGAAGUUAAAACUCUUUAUCCUGAUCAGCUUUCAAAUUUAGAAGAGGUACCAGAGAUAAUGUCUGGAAAUGAAAGAAUUGAAUCCACCUGCAGUUUGGAUCAAGUUGAAGAUGAUGAUCUUGUUAAACAUCCACCUCCCCCUAAUUACAUACUGCAGGAUGAUGAUAUCAUGGUAAAUGAUAUAUUCCCUGUAAAAGUUCUGUCCAAAGAUCUGGCUGUAUCUGCUAUUCCUUCUCUUGAUAACGCUGAAACUGAUACAAGUAUUGUUAAUUGUCAAGCUUCAAAUUCUAUUUUUUCCCCAUCAAUGAAUCCUUCAAAUUUACUUGAAUCUUUCCCAGCUUCUCCAGAUUCCAAUAGGAUGGAAAUGGGAUCCAAUGAGGUAGAGUUGACAAAAUUUUCCACAGACUUGAAUGUAGAGAAGAGGGAAAAUCAACUGGAACCAUUUGCAUAUAUGACAUCUCCAGCAAGUAGCCUUACAAAUAUGGAAGAAUCUAUUUCUACUUUUGAAGAUUCUCACUGGAAAAAGUUGGAAGUUAGUGAGGAAGUUGCAAGCGAUUCUUUGACAGAGUUAGCGUCACAUUUAGUAGCGGAUCAGCUGAAAAUUGCUUCUACUGAUGAACUGUUGAGUCUGAACAGAUCAGAUUCUUCUAACUUUAGUAUAUGUAAUAAUUUUCAAUGUCCAUUGCUUAAGGAGAAAAGCCAUGAUGGUUCUUCUCUCAGUGAUAUGAAAAUGGUGACCCAAUGCUCAGAGCUAGAUUCUCAGGAUUCAGAAUCUACAACUGUUUGCAAGAAUGGUCUACAGAACAGUAAAGAUAGUUUCUCACCAUCUUCCUAUAAUCAACCGGAGCCUGAAACCCAUUUAGAGUGGACCUUAAAACCACAAGCUGUGCAGCAAGAUGUGAGUUUUCUUCUCAAAAAUGAAGAAAACUGCACCUCUUCAAAAUAUGAACCUCAGCUGAUGCUGAUAUCAAAUCAGUUGGAGCGAGAAAGAAUAAGUUGUGUUGCUUCAGAGUUUUCCGCUGAAGUCCGUCUAGAGGAAUCAUCACAUGGUUCCGCAUCAAAGUCAUCUGAUCAGAAGAUUAACCCAACAAAACAUUUCUCGGAUCCAUUGAAACCUCUACUUCCUAAUCCUUUUCCCAAGGCAACCAAAAUAAAUCUCAAGGAAACGCCGCCUAUGCCCCCUCUACCACCUAUGCAGUGGAUAAUGAGCAGGGUUCAAAAUGCUUCCCUAGUCUCACAGACAGAAGAAAUAGGUAAUCCUUUUUUGCCUGCUGUGGCUGUGGAGAGUAAUAAAAGCCUACACUCUUCUGGGUUAUCAGUAAGUAUUUCAGAGCAUCCUGUUGCUAUUCCUUUGCAACUUCCUGUGAUGGUAAAUGAAGCAAAUGGUCAGCAUAAUUACCAAGUUCUGGAGAGAAGUCAAACUCACAACCCUUUCUUAGCAUUACCCAUGCUAUCUUAUGGUUGGCUGCCACAUGGAAGUGUCGUAGCUUCAGAGGGAGAAAGCAUCUUGAAAUCAAAUCCAUGCCCACCAAUACAUCCCACUGAAUGUGCUGUUUAUGAGGCUGAUCCCAGCUACCUACAAGAAAAGCUGCCUCAGUUCAAGAGUCAGUUAAUGGAGGAUACUAGUUUAGAAGCUAAAAACGAUAGUCCUGGAGAAAGCGUAUUGAAUUCAAGUUCAUGCCCACCAAUACUGCCAGCUGAAUGUGAUGUUCCUGGGGCUGAUACCAGUGACCAACAAGAAAAAUUGUCUCAGUUCAAGAGUCAGUUAAUGGAAGGUACUAGUAUAGAAGCUAAAAGGGAUAGUCCUAGAGAAAGCGUAUUAAGUUCAAGUUCAUGCCCACCAAUACUUCCAGCUGAAAGUGCUGUUCCUGGGGCUGAUACCAUCUUUCAACAAGACAAACAGACCCAGUCUUCUGGUCAAAUAAUAGAAGAUACAUGUUUUGAAGCUAAAAAAGACAGUCCUGGAGAAUCGCACUCAGUGCUACCUGCUGUAUGUCCUGUAUCCGGAGAUGAUCCCAUUUCUUCAAACGAACAACAUUCUCAUUCUCCAAAUGCAUUAAUGGAAGAGACUGUUCUGGAAUCUACAACACUUGAGGAGCCAUUAAUUCAUUUGGAAAGGGAUCAAGGUGAUCAUAUAGUCUUACCUAAGUCACCACCACCAAGUAUAGAAAUUAUGCAGCCCAAUCACAGCCUGCUGCCUUCAGAAGAGGAUGUGGCGAUGUCAUUGGAUACGUUGGCUCAAUCAUCAGAAUUUGAUUAUCAAAUACCAAAUGGAAAGUCAAAGAAGCCUCCUCCACCUCAGAACCAUUUAUUUGAUGUUGUUGCCGCUCUUGACAAAAGCAGGCUGAGGAAAGUCACUGAUCGUGUUAGGCCCCCAAUAGGACCCAAGGUAGAUGAAAGAGACUCAUUGUUAGAACAGAUUAGAACGAAAUCCUUCAACUUGAGGCCUGCUGUGGUUACACGACCCAACGUUCAGGGUCCCAAAACGAACUUGAGGGUUGCUGCCAUUUUAGAGAAAGCAAAUUCUAUUCGCCAGGCUUUUGCUGGAAGUGAUGAAGACGAUGAUGCUUGGAGUGAUUGUUGA